GCGAUUGCGGGGUUUGAUUUAGGAGCAAGAUGAUGAAGCUUCAGAUCGCCAACGACCAGGACAGGAAGGAGGCUCAGAAUAGAGAGAGGCGGCGCCAAUGUGAGCUCGAAAGACGGGGCAGAAUUUUCAAUGCGCGCAACAGAAAGAUUGGCGUGGAUGUGCCGUUCCUGCAGCGUCAGAUCGCGGAGAAGAAAGCGGAGCGCGAAGACGAGCAGCGUCGGAACCUCGCGUUCGCCAGCCAGAUGAUCAAGGACAGCGAGCUCGCCUCCGUACUGGAAGCUAGGGAACGAGAGGAGCGUCGUCGCAUCGGCGUAGAGAUAGACGCGUUUCGCCAGAAAUACCAACGGCCGGAGGACCGGCGGGAGUAUGACCUCAAUGACCCUGACGUGCUGAAGAAGCAGCUGCCUCCAAGGGUAGAUGAUGGUGACCCAGUUGGACUGUCCAGCGCGCAGAAGUUCGAAGGCGAGGACCUGAACUACGAGGAGCGCAAGAAGCUGAUGGCAGCGCAGAAGAACGCCUGGCUCGAGCAGCAGGUGCAGGAGCGAAAGGCGGCGGAAGAGGAGCGGAAGAAGGCUGAAGCCGCCUAUAUGAUGGCCAUCAAAGCCCGUGACGCGAGAGCUGGCGAGCUAGACAGACUGGAGCGCGAGUGCCGUUAUCGACUGGGACAAGCCAACCUGCGCUACAACGAAGCCCUGGUGACAGAGAGGAAGCAACUGGAGCAAGUCCUGAAAGAACAGGAGGAGGCGGACAACUGCGCUGAGAUGUACAACAUGCUCACCUCGGACAUGCUGACUGAGAACCCAGAUGUGUCCAAGAGCGCGCUCGGCAAGAACAGAGCAAUCGGAUACAUGUACAAGGGAAUGAACCAAGAAGAACUGAAGAAGUUCUACGCAGCGCAAAAAGAACAAAUGGCUGCCUCAAAGGCCAAACGCGACGCGGAAGACAAGAUGGAAGCAGAGUGGCAGGCGCUGGCUAAGUCCAUUCAGCGUGAGGCGCAACGACUUGACAUCCAGGAGAACAGGACCAGAAGGAAUAUCGCGCGCCAGAUGUUGGAAGAGAACCAGCUGAUGGCUCUUCAACAGAAGGAGAAGGAGAAGUACUUCCGCGAGGUGGUGUACAACAACACCCCCACAGACGAUUACUACGCUCAGUUCAACACCACCACCAGAUAGACUACCCCAAGAAUCGUGACGUCAUAACUUUGGUAGUUGCUAGACUGGCUGCAAGACUCAUGACGUCAUACCAUCGUCCUUUGAUAGUAUUGUGUUCGCUCACUGGAUAAGUUUGCAACAGUUCGGUUCUAUUUGCUACCUUGUUCUAAACAUUUCCAAGUUGAAAUCCUCAGCGCGCCCUCAGUUUAAUUUGGUAUGGGCCCAAGACUCGAUGUUUUACCCGACCGUGGU